UUGAUUUACAUGGCAAUGUUUCAUUUCUUAAUUCAACUGCUCUCGGCUCACAUACAUUUUUUUCCAAAAAUUUCACUUGUCUGCCAAAUCUUAGAUAUUUAAAUUAGUAUUGUCGAAAUUUGCUUCAACGAAUAAUUUGUGAAUAUGUCUAGGAACUAUGGACCUGGACCUGGAGCUUACAUGCUACCCAGCAGUUUCGGACAGAAAGGACCGCAGUUCUCCUUCGGCCGCAGAAUAGAUCGCCGUAGAGAUGAGAAACCUGGACCGGGUCCUGCUGCUUAUAAGGUGGAUAAGGUGACUCGCUACGGAAACUCGGAGGGACCACAGUUCUCCAUGUACGUUAGGAACGCCAAGAUGAAGCCCCUUCCCAUUCGAUUCUCUUGAAGAUUCGAUUCUGAUUCGAUUGAGUGACCAAGUAAAAUCUAAUAAGCAGCUUCAAAUAUAUUCGAUGUUGUGAUAUA